CAGAAGGCUCCGGGCCAUUCACAAAGCGCAGCGCUUCUCGUGCAUGCGCAGUCCGCAGUCUCUGGUCAUACCCUGCACUUUCUGCAGUCUCUGGUCAUUCCCUGUACUAUGCAGUCUCUGGUCAUUCCCUGUACUAUGUCUGCAGUCUCUGGUCAUCUCCUGUACUGUGUCCACAGUCUCUGGUGAUCCCCUGUACUGUGUCUGCAGUCUCUGGUCAUCCCCUGUACUGUGUCCGCAGUCUCUGGUCAUCCCCUGUACUGUGUCCGCAGUCUCUGGUCAUCCCCUG